UGAUAGCUCUGAAACAUUGAACAUGUUUGGAUAUAGUUGUAUUCUGUAUGAUGUUGUGUUUAUCGAGUGGUAAUGAUUGUUGUCAAUAUAAGACGUUAUUCGUUGUUUAUUUUCUACGUCAGUGCAUUUAGUAGGCACAUCAAAAAUGUCCUAUAGUGACAAAGAAUUCAUCUUUUUGGCAGCUACAUUCGAAGAGACUGCACGAAGAGUGGCAGGCUGUUGACUUCAUCCAUACAAACAGUAUGUAUGAUUCACCGAGCUCCCUGCAAGAUGUGUGCAUUGAUUUCAUUUGUGAAAAUUUGGAAGAUUUGUGUGCCAGCCCAAGCACCACUAAGCCUCCAUCAUCAGGAACUGAAGCGACAAGUGGGAGCGAAUGCUUGACUUUUGCAGAUAAUGAUGUCUACUUUCAUUCGGAACUGUCUGAGCAAUUGCUGUGUACAUUAAGUGAGAGAGGGAAACUCUCUGACAGUACUAUAUCGCUCUUUGAUUCAAAGACAGCAAGAUUAAGGCAUGUGAGAAUUAAAAAUGCAAGUUCUUUAUCAACAAAAGGCUUACGUGUUUUAAAAACACAUAAAAUAUCUUGUUUGGAAGCUGUAAGUUUGAAAGUAACAGUGAAUGAACUUAUUGGCUGCCUGGGAGAAUGGACGUUGCAGAAUUUGAGAUCUCUAAAUGUUGCAAGAAGUAGCUUCAUAAAUGGCUCAAAAUAUUGUGUAGUAGUUGCUCUUUCGAAACUUCGCAACCUACGCUGCUUAAAUGUUAGCUGGACAGAGUUUAACCGACAUGGGUUGGAAAUAGUUACCGAAGACUUGCCAUUCCUAGAGAGCUUAGAUAUUUCUUGCACGAGAGUGGAUGAUAUUGCUCCAUUAAAGAAAUGCAAAGACAGACUAAAGAGCCUAUAUAUGUAUAAUUUGAAGUUGAUGACAAAUGAUGUACCUGUUUUAUUCGAGUUACAAGAAUUAAGGGUUUUGGAUUUCUCAGAGGAAAAGGAAAAUCAUGGAUUUGAACUUUUUCCAGCACUGCAAGAGAAAGCCACUGUCCUACUUAAAGGUGUUGAUAAAAUGCCUCAUUUAACUUACCUUGAUAUAUCUGGAAGGGAAGAAAUUAAUCCUGAUGAUCUUAGAAAUUUUAUAGACCAUCACAAAGAACUACAGUUCUUAGGUCUCAUACACUGUGAUGUAUGUUUUGAAGAAUAUUUUGUGAAUCCUCAUUGUAGUGGCUAUUAUAAAAACUUGGUGGUGGCUGGAACUGGUACGGAAGCUCAGAUAAUGGAGGGCCUCAAACGAUACACAGCAAGGCCUUUCUAUGUGCAGAAAUGUUUAUACCACUUGUUUAGAUUAACACCAAGCUUCACUGAUGCUCGUGUUGAUAUUAUAAAGCUGGUGCUUCCAGGGAUGAUAGUGCAUGCUGACCAGUUUGGAGUACAAAUGGCUGCAACAGCAUGUCUGUACAAUUUGACAAAAGGUGACUUCGCACUAAAAAUUCACCCAACAGUAUUGAAACAAGUUGUUGAACUUACACUGCAGGCUAUGGAAACUUUUCCAAGCCAUUAUCAGCUUCAGAAGAAUACUUUAUUGACACUUUGUAGUGACAGAAUUCUACAAGAUGUGUCAUUUGACAAGUACCGCUGUGCACGCCUUGUUAUGAACUCUCUCUGUACUUUUUACGAUGCAUCCAUGAACAGAAUGAGUGUUGCAAUAUGCAGCAUUUUAGCUGCUAAAAUAUCUACAGAUGAAACAUCUCUGCUAGGAGCUCAUCCAAAGUACAUGCAGAAACUUCUAGAUAUAGUACGUUCCAAGGUGGCAACAAGAAGUGCAGAUAUUACAAUAAAGUUCACUUUAAGUGCACUUUGGAAUCUCACAGAUGAGUCUCCGAAAACGUGUACUGUUUUUCUUGAAGAAGGAGGCAUGGAAUUAUUUUUGAAGGUUUUGGAAACAUUUGAAGAUGAAAGUGCAGUAGAAACAAAAGUUCUUGGAUUAAUUAAUAAUAUUGCUGAAGUUACUGAACUCAGAAGUAGCCUAAUGGUACCUGAGUUCAUGAGCAUGCUGAGAAAGCUUCUACAUUCUUCUCACAUUGAUGUAAGCUACUUUGCUGCUGGAAUAGUAGCUCACUUAGCAAGUGAUGGGGGUGAGUUGUGGACUGUUGAAACAGUAACAAGGCAGGAGCUUUUAGAAGAACUUGAAGAAGUUGUAAUAGACUGGGAAACGCCAGAUGGGGAAAUGGUAGCUUAUCGAUCAUUUCAACCAUUUUUCCCAUUAUUGAAAUGUUUUGAGACACAUCAAGUUCAGCUGUGGGCAGUGUGGGCCAUACAUCAUGUUUGUACAAAGAAUGCAAAAAGGUACUGCCCAAUGUUCAUUGAAGAGGGAGGAAAACAGAUCAUACAGAGCUUGCUGGAAAACCCGUCAGUAAACUUCAAAGUGAAGUUUAUUUGUGAGAACAUUCUGUAUGUUCUGUCUCUGGAGAAGCCAAAGAAUGUCUAUAUGUAAAACAAAUCACAAAUAAAUUACUUACAAUAUUAA